AUGUCCCCCACUUUGAAAUUGCGAGGCCGGACUCGCUUGUUCAAAUACUGUUCAACUCUCUGCUUGUUGACUGCAGCUCGGCUUACAGCUUCCUCCUUCUUUCUUCCAAGAAAUGCAAAUUCUCUCGCAAUUGCGGGUCAUUAUGAUCCGGAUCGUAAUGUUGCACUCGAUAUGGGGGUACCGCCACUUCAGCCGAAAAUAGCUACAGUAAAGGGAAUUCGAAGCGUGGCCUCUAGAGAUCAAAAUUCAAGUGACUCUACUAUUGUUCGAAGAUCCACAAAUUACAAACCUACCAUUUGGUACUAUGAUUAUAUCCAAUCACUGAAAAGUGAAUAUGUGGGAGUUUCAUACACCAGAAAACUUGCUGAGUUGAAGGGAGAAGUGACAAUGAUGUUUCAUAAAGUGUUGGAGCAUCCAAAGCAACUUGAUCUUGUUGAUUUCUUGCAAAGACUUGGAGUGUCUUACCACUUUGAGGAUGACAUAAGGAGGAUAUUGAAGAAAUUAUGCAAUACUAGUACUCAUGAUGGUGAUGUGUGUAAGAAUGAGAGUUUAUAUACCACAGCUCUUGAAUUUAGACUGUUAAGGCAAAACGGAUAUAAUGUUCCUCAAGAGAUUUUUAGUGAUUUAAAAAAUGAAAAGGGAAAUUUCAAGGAAUGUCUUUGUGAUGAUGUUGAGGGAAUAUUGGCUUUCUAUGAAGCCUCAUUCCUUUUGAUAGAAAGUGAAAGCAUCAUGGAGGAAGCAAGAAAUUUUGCAACCAAACAUCUCAAAGAAUACGUGAACCAAAGCAACGAUCAAAAUCUUUGUGCAAGGGUGAACCAUGCCCUGGAGCUUCCAUUGCAUUGGAGGAUGCCAAGGUUAGAAGCAAGGUGGUUCAUUGAUGCAUAUAGGAGCAAGGAAGAUACGAACUCUAUCUUGCAUGGGCUUGCAAAAUUGGAUUUCAACAUGGCACAAACAGUCCAUCAAGAUGACCUGAAAGAAGGGUCAACGUGGUGGAGACACACUGGUCUUGGAGACUUGAGCUUUGCAAGGUAUAGAUUGAUGGAGAAUUUCCUAUGGAGAAUGGGAGUAUCAUUUCAACCUCGGCUUGGAUAUAAUAGGAGAGUGUUAACAAAAGUCAAUGCACUAAUAACAACAAUAGAUGAUGUGUAUGAUGUAAAGGUAAAUAUGCAGAUACAUGCAGACAGUAUAUUGGAUGACAUAGCAUAA